AUGUACAACUUUGGCUUCCGUUGGGAAUUUUGUGCAUGUAUUGGAGGCAGUGCACUGAAAGUUGAAGAGGUUGAUACCUGGACCAAAGGAGUUGUCUUCAAAUCCCUCUCAGCAUCCUACCUUGCUUCAAUUCAUCCAUUACUUUUGUUAAAAUUAUUUUUAAAACUGUUAAUUUUGCAGCCUGUUAAAAAGAAGAAAAUAAAGCGGGAAAUCAAAAUAUUAGAGAACCUCCGUGGAGGCCCAAACAUCAUCAAGCUGCUAGAUGUGGUAAAGGACCCUGUGUCAAGGACUCCAGCUCUUGUUUUCGAGCACAUUGAUAAUACUGAUUUCAAGCAACUGUAUCAGAUUUUGACGGAUUAUGACAUACGGUUCUACAUGUAUGAAAUAUUAAAGGCCUUGGAUUACUGCCACAGUAUGGGCAUCAUGCAUAGGGACGUGAAACCACAUAAUGUGAUGAUCGACCAUGCUCAGAGGAAGCUUCGGUUGAUUGACUGGGGACUGGCUGAGUUUUACCAUCCUGAACAGGAGUACAAUGUUAGAGUGGCCUCCAGGUACUUCAAAGGUCCUGAGCUGCUAGUUGACUACCAGAUGUAUGAUUAUAGCUUGGACAUGUGGAGUUUGGGCUGUAUGUUGGCCAGCAUGAUAUUCCGUAAGGAGCCUUUCUUCCAUGGACAUGAUAAUUAUGAUCAGCUUGUUCGUAUUGCCAAGGUUUUAGGAACUGAUGAACUGUUUGACUACCUCAAGAAAUAUCACAUUGAACUGGAUCCUCGAUUUAAUGAUACUUUGGGCCAACAUUCUCGAAAGCGCUGGGAGCAGUUCAUUCAUAGUGAGAAUCGGCACCUGGUCAGCCCAGAGGCCUUAGAUUUGUUGGACAAACUUCUUCGCUAUGAUCAUCAGCAGAGGCUUACAGCUAAGGAAGCAAUGGAACAUCCAUACUUCUAUCCAAUAAUCAAGGAGCAUUCGGAUGGUGCUCGGAGUAACAGCUCACAUGUGCCCGGUGUUUCUGCAGCUGUGCGGUGAAUCCUGCUGCUGUCAGCACAGUUCAUACUGCAAGACGAUGAGUUACAGGUUUUACAGGGGAGACAUUGGGCAAAAAAAGAGCUAUCACAGUCUGCGAAUGUGAACUUGUGACUGCAGCUACACAGGUGACCAUGGCUUACCCUAAAUCCAGUGACAACACUCUUCUACAUCCAUUUAUUUUAGAUUUCCAUUUAUGUUUCAGAGAGAAUUACAACUUGCUAGAUUUUUUGGUUCUGAAAUUAAAUGUUUUUGUAUAUUUAUAUUUUUUUUGUAUUGUAAUAAAAUACCUAGAAUGUGUUCAA